CAAUGCGAGCCUGCAUGACGUCAGUGGGAAUGUGGGAAACCAAUGCGCACUCCUGAUUGGGCGGUGUCGCAAUCAGGGGCGUUCCCUGGGCGGUCCGCGUGGUUGAACUGACCAAUGACAGAAGAAGUGAUAGUUACCCUGGUUACCAAUUUUGUCAACCCAUACACUGUACAGAGAGGGGCUAGCACAAGGUACUGUGGCACAUGGAAAUCAACCUCUACAGUCAUGAGUGGAAGGGAUCUACGAGCAUUCAUCACAAGCUACAAGGCUGAAGAUGUGGAAAAACUGACACAGCGAAUGAAAAAUGGUCUCUGCAGCUCAAAGUACAAACCGGCUGAAUACAAACGACUCGAGGCCAUUGUCGACGCCAAACGCCUGGAGUCCGAUCUAUUUGGACAAAAGGUUCAGAAGACUCGCUGUGCAGCCAAGGCAACCAAGGAGAGCUCCAUAUUACGGCAGCACAGACAGGUGUGGAGCAGAGAGUGCCGCAGGCUGCAAAAGGCUGAGGACGACGCUGAGAACGACAUCCGCGAUUUUCUAGAGCACCUCAGGCCAAUCGGUAUAACCGACACCGCCGUCUUCUCACUGAAAGAAUAUGAGCUGUUUCUUGAGAGGGAACGGGAGGCAUUCAGGAUCGCCACUGUAGAGCCUGUUCAUCAGCUCAGAGAUGACUUGUGCUUCAGACUGGAUGAAGUGCAACAGCAGCAUCCAUCUGACUGGGAACAAGUAAUACAACAGAUAAACUUUGUGAAAGACCAGCAAGAAGAAAUUACCGCAACCCUUCACACAGAGCACCGUGACUUGGAACAGGAGAUCACAGGGCUUGGCUUGGAGAAAUAUCUCCAAACUUCUUCAGAUAAUUUAAUGAGCCCAGAAAACGUUCCAAAGGAAGUUUUGGAUUCAGAUUGCCCUUACCCAGAGCUGAAGGACUGUCUGAUCCAGGCCUUCCACACCCUGUCAGAAAGGUACCGGAGCAGGCUGCAGAGUCUCCAGGAGCAGCUGCAAAAAACUGACAGGUUCUGCGGUUGGUGUCCAGACGAUCAUGAACACUUCCAGUUCACGUUGUCUAUGUACACUCAGGACGUCUCCAACCACAGAGUCCUCUGCAUGGACAUGCUGAUGAGACUGUUCCCAAAGAAGACUAGGCAAGAGCUGAUGGAGCAUGAGCGUGUGUGGGACUUGCAGCGCUUCGCCCAGGCGCAGCAGAAAAUAUUGACCCAGCAGUGGCGGCGGGACCGGGACGAGCUGCUGGCCAAGGCCCUGGUCACCCUGCAGGAGGCAAACCAUGCCCACCAGGAGGAGCUGGAGCUCCACAGAGACCGCCAGCACCAGCAGGACAUCUGCUUGAGCCUCAGAGAGAAGCUGCAGCAGUGGCGGGCCCAGCAGGAGGAGGUCGCCAAGCUGGAGGCAGCCAUCGCAGCCAGGCAACAAGAGGAGGAAGAGGCGAGGUUAAAGAGGGAGCAGGAGAAGGAGGCCGCCGUCAGGUCGCAGCAGAAAGAAAAAGUCAGGCAGUUUUAUUUAAAGCAGCAGAAGAGGAGGGAGCUGCUGGCGCAGAGGGAUCAGGAGAGACUCGCUAAUCUGAGGAGCGUCAUGGAAGAACAGGCAAGGCGAGAUAAACAGAGGGUGCAGUUUCGGGCAGAGGCGCUGCAGCAGAGGAGGAUGGAGAGAGAGGCGCGGGAGCUGGAGCGGCAGAGAGAAGAACAAGAGAGACAGAACCGUCUGGAAGCCCUCAGAAACCAGGUUGAGGUGGUGGCAGAGGCGGACCCAGAGAGGAUGAUGGGAGAUACGGAGGCUUGGAGGAGUCGACACUCGAAUGUGAAGGAGUUUGAGCUCCACAGGCCUCUCUACAGCAUUAACACAUACACAGACACGCAGAUUGUGUCUGAUCCGAGAGUGCAAGUCGAGCAGGCGCUACGGGAGGCUGGUCUGCACCAGAGCCGGUACGCCAAAGAUGUUCUGUCUGUCAUCAAGCCUCCCAAGCCACCACGCCGGGACACAACCUCCGUCCUUAAAUUCUGACCAAGGUUUCUGUUUUUGGGUCUUAUUAUGAAGUGUAGCCGACUCUCAUUAUUGCAUGGAGCAUUACAUAAGAUAGAUACAUGAUAUAGUUCAUAUGUAAGAAUUGUGCUGUUUGCUGUAACAGCUGCUGAACGACAACACCGACCACCAAGUGACACCGUGCAGUAAGUUUUAAUGGCUUUUAAUGUGGACGUAUGCUGCGUCAUGAGCAAUACAGUAUACAUACAGUGAUGAUAAAUACAGCAAAAAUACUGACAUGGAUGUGGAGAUUUAAUUGGCUGAAGCUAUUAGAUGUGCAUUCAGUGCCGAUAUACAUUUUCGGGGGGUCUACUCCGUCUUCCCGUAUUAUAAAAGAAGGGAAUAAUGAUGGCUUUUCGUCUAAAAAGCAUCUAAGGCGUGAAAUUAGAGGCCGCUGAUCGACUGCAAAUCGCCUCCAUUAGAAUAAUAAUUCCGAUUUAAGUGUGUUUUUUUUCUUCCUUCUAACGUCCCCCGUGGAUUUAAAAUAAUACACUGAUGAUUUUCUGGAAGCCUCAGCAGAGAUAAAUGAGUAAAUCUACUUUCAGCACA